AUGCCAGGUAUCAAAACUCUGGUUCAAGUGGCGAAUAAGCUAAACAUUGAAAAACCAGAAUUGCGAACUGCCCUUGGAAAAGAAUCCACCAUGUUCUCCAAGGUCCUUGUGUGCUGCCUCUUCGCCUACGUGGCUUGCGGAGUUGUUGUGGAACAUCACCCACCCCAGCCUUACAGCUUCGGCUAUGACAACGUCGACGAGUUCGGCACCCGCAUGACCCGCCAGGAAACCGGAGAUGAGUUCAACAACAAGGUCGGCUCCUACAGCUACGUUGAUGCCCUCGGUGUCACUCGUCUGGUAAAGUACGUCGCCGACGCCACCGGCUUCCACCCUACUGUCGAGACCAACGAGCCAGGAACCAAGACCUCGGUCCCAGCGGACGCCCCGUUCUUCUCCAGCGCCGUUGAGGGCCCACACCCGGUCGUUGUCAAGGCUGCCCCAGUGGCCGCUGUUCACGCCGUUCACGCUGCUCCAGUUGCCGUGCGAGCCGUUCACGCCGCCCCAGUGGUGCACGCUGCUCCCUUCGCCUACGCCCACCACGCUCCUCUCGCCUACGGUCUUGCCAAGCACUUCUAAGAUAUUAAAAAAGUA